AUGAUUCUUACUCAAAGAAAGCUCAAAAAGGCAACGAUAUGUUACGUAACAGUUUCGUCCCUCUCCAUUGCCUUUCAUGUUUUGAUAUUCACACUCACAACGAUAGCUUCUGGCUGCGUCUCUGGAAUCGGAAAUUGCCCGAAAACGCCGUUUCCUCUCAUCGGCCAUGGUAUUUGGUGUGGAGCUGGCGGCUUUUUAUGCUCGGCGAUUUGUAUUCUUCUCGCUAGCGACAAAACAAAGUCAAAGCGCAGCUUGAAAAUGAUCCUCCUUGUUGGCAGCGUCUUCAUGAUCAUGUUCAGCUCAUUCGGCUCAAUUGCUGAUGGAUAUGGAUGUUUGAUGCUCUUGACUUGCUUCGAUUGCGCGCUCUUCAAAAGCCAAAUUUCAACGAUCCUGUUUUUGCUGCUGUUUUUGGAGUGCAUAGUUCUCCUGACUCUCUCCGUCCUCUCCUUCGUCAUGACUCUCCUCAACGGCCAAGACAUCCUCCCUCUUUCGAUAGUCAAAGCCCCAAAAAUCAUCAAAACGUCUCGCCAAAAACGAAAACUUCGCCGAUCUCAAGAUCCAACAGAGCCCGCCGACUGGACCUGUUCCUACCUCAACCCAAAUCCACUGCCACAGAGAAUGGAUUUUAGCACUUCUUAUCACCGAUCGCACAGUCGGAUCGAUUUGGAUUAUUCUCAUUGUCCGACUUUGGAGGUCGGCAAUGUCUCCAUCGCGCAUGCUUGA